AUGGAUCCCAAGUUCGAAGCGGCCACCAAAAUUGCUCGCUACGCUUUUCGCGUAGUCAACAGCGAUGUAUUUAACGACCAAUGGACCCCGAACUCAUGGUCGAUUACUGCCAUAGUGCUACUCUCCAUGGUGCCAGUUUGUACCAUUUUCUGGAAGAAUCCCGCGAAAAUUUCGACAGUCAUACUAACGGAAAACAUAGGACUCACGUUCGUUAGCUUGCAAACCAUCCACUGCUUGUUGGAAAUCAUCGUCAAGCGUAACUCCUGGAAGAACAUAAUGAAAGAAGUCGAACAACGUCGCUAUCAGUAUAAAACUCCGAAAUCAUCUCCGGUAUUCGAUGAAUUUUACCAACGCACCGUUCUGUUCAGCAAGUUUAUCUACGCCAUGUAUUUCUCGACAUCCUGUUACUAUUUGUUUCCGAUCGUUGCAGCUGAUCCUGAAAAGUUUUACCUUCCAUUUGGUUUUACUCUACCGCUGUUGGAUGUUAAAACAAGCUUGGGUUACUGUCUGAACUACGUUUACCAAGUUCUGAUUGUAACCAUAUGCCAACAUUCGUUGUGUGGUCACUUCAGCACCGUUACCGUGGCUGUUCUAUCGGCCUGUUGUCAGAUUCGUUGCAUUAAAAUACUUCUCCGUGAUCUGAAUGAGUUGUUGAACAGUCCGAUCGAACAACCGGAGGCCAUCCGGGAAUUGCUGGCGGAAAUCAUCAAUUUGCACGCCACGAAUAUUGAAUUCAUCCAGCGACUGCAAAACCUGCUUUCCUGGGUCUACUUAACGAUCUUCAUUACUUGCGGCAUGGUCACCUUCAGCACACUGAACAUGGUGGUUGAUAAUCCAUGGACCUCUGCUACAUUUCUUUUCAUAGGAGGCACCGGUUCCGUACUAUUGCAUUGCUUCUACGGUAACAUGCUGCUGGUUGAGAACGACACCCUUGCGGAUGCUUUCUACGCCAUCGAUUGGUACUGGUUGGCGGUACGUGAACGGAAAGCGUUCCGGUUUACUCUGGCCAACGCUCAGCCCGACAUGCAGCUGCACGGUAUAUUCGCACCGGUCAAUCAGGCCACUUCAGUAGCGAUCAUCCGAGCAGCCUUUUCGUACUUUUCGAUUCUUAUGAACUUCAGCUCAGAAUAG